AUGGCAUACUAUCAACCAGUAAAUAACAACAGCAACAAUCCACCAAACAUGCAGUUCUACCAAUCAAACUAUUCAACCAAUCAAAAUACAUACUCACCUCAAUCAAUGCAUACUCCUGCUGCAACAAAUACUAUGGGAGGUGGUUUGGGUGGUUCAAUGAUGGGUGGCAAUAUGGAUAAUGGAUUUGGAUCUCAAUUCGAUAUAAGUGGGACCAUGGGUAAUGGAGAAUUAACUAGUGGAUUAUUAGCAGCAUUUGGUACCAGUGGAUAUCCUGGUGAACCUCCAUUACUAGAAGAAUUAGGAAUAAAUUUUCAACAUAUAAAACAAAAAACCUUAACUGUUUUAAAUCCUUUAAAUCAAAAUAUUAAUAGUGAUAUAAUGGCAGAUAGUGAUUUAGCUGGUCCUAUAUUAUUUGUAUUAAUGUUUGGUACUUUAUUAUUAUUUGCUGGUAAAGUACAAUUUGGUUAUAUUUAUGGAGUUGGAUUAUUUGGUACAAUAAGUUUACAUUAUUUAUUUAAAUUUAUGAGUAAUGAUACUACAAUUGAUUUAGUAAGAUCGGCUUCUGUUAUUGGAUAUUGCUUAUUACCUUUAGUAUUGAUUAGUGUAUUUGGGGUUGUUAUUUCAUUGGAUAAUUUAUUAGGUUAUUGUUUAAGUAUUAUUGCCGUAUUAUGGUGUACUUAUUCUGCUAGUGGAUUCUUUGUUGCAGUAUUAAAAUUACAUAAUGUUAGACCAUUGAUUGCUUAUCCUUUAUGUACUGAUGAACAUGGACUUAAGAUCCAAUCUGUUGCUGAAAAGUUGAAUACUGAUCCUAAAUCAUUAGUGGAUGAAGUUAGUCAAAAUUUCAAAUCUUUAGCUGAUUUAGCAAAUGUUAAAUAUGAUCGAUUUAUAAGAACUACUGAUAAGGAUCAUGUGGAAUUAGUUCAAUGGUUCUGGAAUUUGAUGAUGGAUAAAGGAUAUAUUUAUAAAGGAACCCAUAGUGGAUUAUAUUGUGUAAGUGAUGAAACUUUUUAUCCUAAAAGUCGAACUAUUGAAAAACCUGAUGGUAGAAUAUAUUCAAUUGAAACUGGGAAUGAAGUGUUUAUGUAUCAAGAAGAGAAUUAUUUCUUUAAAUUAUCAAAAUUUAAACAAGAUUUAUUAAAUCAUUUACAACAGAAUCCAAAUUUCAUUAAACCAAAAGAGAAAUAUGAUUCUGUAGUUAAAGAACUCCAAGAAAAUGAAUUGGAAGAUUUAUCAAUCUCUCGUCCAUCCACUAGAUUAAAAUGGUCAAUUGAAGUCCCCAAUGACCCUACCCAGAAAAUUUAUGUCUGGUUCGACGCAUUAUUAAACUAUCUAACCGCAUCCAAAUUUCCUCAAGGAUUCACUCAGGAUUCAAAUAACAAUUACUCUACCAGGGGAAAACAUCUGGCCACCAACUCACAUAAUCGGAAAAGAUAUCGUCCGUUUUCAUUUCAUUGGUUAAGUGAUGGAGUUAAGAUGAGUAAAAGUUUAGGCAAUGUAGUUGAUCCAAUCAAAUUAAGUGAAUAUGUUGGGAUUGAUUCCAUGAGGUUUUUCUUGAUGGGAAAUUCAAAUAUUGGUUUUGAUUCUAAAUUUAGUCAAGAUUUAAUGGUUGAAUCCAGAGACAUGUUGAUGAAGAAAUAUACCAUAUUGAUUGCUAGAGUUGGGGGCAAUAAAUUUGAUAUCAUGGAACUGAUUGAAUAUUAUCAACAAGGGAAGUUUGAUAUUGGUAUUGAUGAUUUAAUUAGAGAGAUUAAUAAGGAGGGGGAUGAACUUGAAAUGUUGAUUGAAGUUACACACAAGUUAAUAGCGGGGAUGAAUGAAUUGUAUGGAAUAAUGGACGAACAAAUCCAAAAUGAAUUUGAUUAUAAUCGGGCUAUUAAGCAUUGGUGGGCAAUUAUUGAUGAUGCGAAUAAAGUAUUUCAAGAAGGGGAACCAUGGAAGUUUGUAAAACUCAUCAAGAAGGGAGAAGAAUCAGCAGAUAAACUAGAAAAAUACAAAACAUUGAUAAAUUAUUAUGUCUUCUUGUCUACAGAAGCUACUAGAAUAUGUUCUAUCUUAAUACAACCAGUUAUACCUGAAAUCUCUGGUAAAAUAUUGGAUAGAUUGCUGGUUGAUAAUAGUAGGCGUAAUAUUGAAUGGGGUAAAUAUGGUAAAGAUUUAUCAUAUGGUAAAGAUGCUAAUAAAGCAGAAUUACAUCAACAUCCAUUGACUAAACUUGAAUAG